AUGGAAUUCCCUCGAACCCUUCGAACCCUCUUGGGUUUCCUAUUGAUUUCUCCAUGGAUUUCUCCCAUACCCGCUUCUACUCAUACCAAACCCUACAACACCCCCACCGCUUACGAAAUGCUGGAAAAGUUUGAUUUUCCCAAAGGGAUUCUCCCCGAGGGGGUUCAGAGCUAUUUACUGAGGAACGAUGGAAGCUUUGAUGUUUUUCUCGGUGAUUUCUGCGAGCUCAAGGUGAGUGGGAAUUACUUGUUAAGGUACAAGAAGAAGAUCUCCGGCAAGUUGGAGCCUGGAAGUUUGAAGAACUUGGAUGGGGUUAGUGUGAAAAUCCUGUUCUUGUGGUUUGGGAUCAAUGAAGUUAUAAGGAGUGGAGAUGAGCUCAGAUUCUAUGUGGGGCCUUUUUCUUCUUCUUUCUCAGUCUCCAAUUUUGAAUUUUGUCCCCAGUGCAGAGAGAGGUUUGGUUCUGGUGAUCAGUUUGUUCUGGAUUUUUAG